AUGGGCCUGAUAUUGAACCCUGGGGCAUAUGGGCCCUUGCCGACCUUCUUCAAUGACAAGCAAGAAAUCGACUACGAAUCGUAUAAGAAGCAUCUACUAAGUUGGCCAUCACCACCGCCCCCAUCGUCAGAAGAACGAGUGGAUCUCAUCAAAUUCAUAAGACGCACCCUCGACGAUGCCGGCUUGACGGACAUGCCCAUUGUGGCAGGCGUGGGCGGUUCAAGUACCAGGGAGACGAUCAAACUCGCACAUGCGGCUGGCAAUGCUGGGGCCUUGAGCACCGACCAGGACCAGAUCAUUCAAUACUACGUCGAUAUCUGCAAGGAAUCGCCUGUUGGUCUCUCUUACUCCGACUGA